AUGACCGAAGAGACAUCGACCAAAGGUACUCCAAAAUGGAAAAGAGGGACGGAGUACGUUGCUCCAGGAGAGGCUUUGGGCGCAGGGGAUUCUUUCUUGACCCUUGACGUACUCCCGCCUGAAUUGGAGGAUGCAUUCGAGAACCUAAAGAAAGAAGUUCGCUGGCAGACAAUGUUUCAUCAUGGUGGCGCGGUUCCUCGUCUCGUUGCGAUACAGGGAGAAAUACAACCCGACGGAUGGUUCCCUAUAUAUCGCCAUCCAAGCGAUCAAUCCCCACCACUCCUUGGCUGGUCGCCGACUGUCUUGAAAAUCAAGGAGCGGGUCGAAGAGGUGUUGAAGCAUCCGGUGAACCACGUCCUUAUUCAGCAUUAUCGCACGGGCAACGACUACAUUUCCGAACACUCUGACAAGACGAUCGACGUAGUCAGAGGGAGCAAUAUUGUCAAUGUCAGUCUGGGAGCGCAGAGACUGAUGAUUCUACGUACCAAAAAGGACGCACUCCCACCGCGUGAGGACCCGUCAACACCAACUCCCGAGAGGAGUGCUCAGCGGUUUCCACUCCCACAUAACUCCAUGUUUGUCAUGGGUCCCGAAACUAAUAAGCGUUGGCUACAUGGUAUUCGCCAAGAUAAACGAGAGGAGUUCCUCAAGGUCAAAGAGGAACUCGCCUUCAACGGCGAGCGAAUCUCGUUGACAUUCCGUCACAUUGCCACCUUUUUGUCUCCUGACCAGAAGCUGAUCUAUGGUCAAGGAGCGACUGGAAAGACCAAGGAAGAGGCCAGACCGACGAUAAGCGGCGACAAAGAGGCGACGCAGCGCAUGAUUGACGCAUUUGGGUUCGAGAAUCAGCAAAGCGACUUUGAUUGGGAUGCGACAUACGGUAACGGUUUCGAUGUGCUUCACUUUGAUAACCCACAAAGUGAACUACAAGAGAUGUCGCAAAGUGGGAUGUAG